AUGUUGUUCAGUACUUCGUGCUCCUACACGCUUCCGCAGCUAUAUGCUGAAGAGCGAUCCAGGACACCAUCGCUGCUCAAUCCAGACACACUUUCUAUUAGAGAUCGACAAAUACAACUUUACUGUCAGACCAUAGCAGGACUGGUAGCGCAAUUCCAUGAGCGAUCCCUCACCUGCAUAAUUCGCCUCCAGAGACGUCUUCAAAAAAUCCUUGACAUUGAAACCCAUAUUGACCUAACCACAACUAGUGCUCAAUCACAUUUUGAGCGAAAUUUGCAGCUAUUCCUAUGCCUUGUGGACUACCGUCUCCGGUCACUUGCACUCGAAUCUCCUUAUCAAUUUGAGACAAUUGUCAACAAGCUCCAGUUGCUGCUUAUUGAGUCAGGUUCAGAGAGGCAACCAAAAUCGAAGCCAGUGAAGAAAUUGAAGAGAGUACUGAGAACGCUGUUAAAAUCUGUAUAA